AUGACGACAAUUAAAGAAAUUGACUCAGUAUUCAUCUUUCCACAAAAGAGCUUUGAAGGUACAAUCGUGUGGGAGAGCCAAGACCUCCACGGCCUUGUGUCAAGAAAUCUUCACAGAGUGACGGUGAAUGACGGAGGGGGAGUUCUCAGAGUCAUUACAGCCGGGGACGGGGCAUUGCCUCACGAAUUCAUGGAAGGUGUGGAGGGAGUUGCAGGUGGUUUUAUUUAUACUAUUCAGGAAGGCGAUACUCUCUUACACAACCUUCAUUCUCGCCCUCGAAGACUUAUUGAUCAUAUCAGUAAUCUCCGUGAGGAAGAUGCCCUCCUGAGGGAGGAGAGCAGCAUCUAUGACGACAUUGUCUUUGUGGAUGUGGUUGACACUUAUCGAAAUGUUCCUGCAAAAUUAUUGAACUUCUACAGAUGGACUGUGGAAACAACCAGCUUCAACUUGUUGCUGAAGACAGAUGACGACUGUUACAUAGACUUAGAAGCUGUGUUUAAUAGAAUUGCCCAAAAGAAUCUGGAUGGGCCUAAUUUUUGGUGGGGGAAACUAACAAACCAAAGUAGAAGGAUUGUUUAUUAUGGGAGUGUGUGUGACAUUGUUUUUAGAAAUGAAAUAGCAUUUAAACUUUUGCAUUUAAACUUUAUGGGGCAUGCACAGGGUGAAGAUGUAAGCAUGGGCAUUUGGAUGGCAGCCAUAGGACCUAGAAGAUACCAGGACAGCCUGUGGCUGUGUGAGAAGACUUGUGAGACGGGGAUGUUGUCCUCCCCUCAGUACUCUCCGCAGGAGCUGACGGAACUGUGGAGACUGAAGGAAACGUGCGGUGACCCCUGUCAGUGUGAAGCAAGGUGACAGGCAUUUAAAUGAGCAGCGCUGAGAGAUCAGGGGAGGCAAACGAUAAUGUGAGCGGAGGUCUGAGGAAAGCCCCGCGCGUGGCAAGAGAUCGUACAGACUUUCAGGAGAGUUCUAGGCUGGUUCUUUCACCUGGAACCAUUGUGGUGUUUUACUGUUUGCACAAGUUUCCUAAGUCAGCUGAUACUAUAGCAUAAGAAAAGCUGUCAUUUACAUUUAGAAGAUGAUUUGAAAAAUACCAAAUUGUUUUGUAAAAAGAAAAACUAUUUCUAAAUCCUGAUGUAUCAUUAUUAGUAAUUGAUCAUUACCUAUCAUUUUUGGUUAAAACUUGGCAUAGUUCGGAAAUCUUUAGUAACACAGUUGGAAUUUCAACCUGGAUUGUAGAAUAGCUCUGUAUGGCUUAGUUGGGAUAAUCACAGGCCAAAAAGAACUCACAGAAAUGCUGUAUGAUCAUGUGAUCUCUUGUAUGAACGGUGGUAACUUAUACCAAAGUUUGGGAUUUCUGGAAAUAAUGUCAGAUUUUGUGGGUCUCUGAAUGGAGUGUGCAACUUGAAUUUGAAAAGGAACCACUAUUAUUUUCUUCUAGACCUUGGUUUUAAACAAGUUCUUUUGUCAUUUAACAUUAAUCCUGAAGGCCACAGUUUAGUACUAUUUUUAAAAACACACAACUUUUGUGAAUAUGAAUACAAGCAAAUACCUCUCAGGCUUCAGCGCCACGCAGAAGGGGUCUUGAAAUUGUUGACCCUUUGAAAGAAUUGAUUUUGCUUCCUCGAUCCCUGCCUAAUGUUUACCUAAU